UUUCUGUCAAAAGAAAAAAUCAUGGUAUAGUGAAAGCAUUCAAGAAAAACCAUGAUUAAGAUUUUAGAAACGUAAGCAUAAUAGGAGGAACCUUUCAGAUGUGGAAUCAUUGUCCCUCCGAUUUGUCAGUGAGUGCAUAACAUAACACCAAGUAGUACCAACUAGAGUCAUGGGAGAAAUGAAAUCUUCACUUGUUUGAAGGAUCUUAUAUUACAAGUUACAAUGGAUGUGCAAUGACAUGUUGACAUGUCACUUUCAUGUUUUUUUAUUUUUUUAUAUAUAUUUUUUAAUUUUCUGAUCCCAUGUGAGCCUCUCUCGAAGGACGAGACCCUCCAACCAUAAGCCAGACAGGUACAUGCUCACUCUCUGUAGUUAUUUUCUGGCUGCUGGUUUUGGUGCAUCCUCAUAGUGGUUUAUGGUGUAGGGGAUCUUUUCCUUUCCAUUGUUCUGUUUUCAUCUGUUUAAAAGUGUUGCAUUAUCACAUUCUUUGAGGCUAAUGAUGAGACUAAUCCAUAUCAGUGUGUUUAAUCUCAAAUGGGGUUAGGUUAAAGCUAAGGGCCCACGGGCUUAUUAUGCUUAUGAUUUGCAUGUGUUGCUUUCAAGAGAAAAGGGAGCUUUUUGGUUGGUUGGCUCUUUUAGCAGAUUGCUGUUCUGAGAGGCUUUGCAGUUUGCAACCAAGCCCACUGGUGUGUUUGAUGUGAUUUUCUGGUUAGAUAUAUUUUAAGCAUCUUUGGUGGUUUUGCAAGUUCAAGUGUUUUCAAUGUGAUUUGAGGACAAAGAUGAAAUCCUUGAGUAGUGUAGGUCUUGGUCUCAGUAUUAUUUUUGGUUGCCUUUUGUUGGCUCUGGUAGCUGAGGUUUACUAUCUUCUGUGGUGGAAGAAGAGGAUAACCAACAGAGAGAUUGAGAAUGAUUAUGGCAACCCAGUGAAGGAAUUGUUCUACAUGUUUUGUUGGAAAAGGCCAUCAUCAUCUUCUUUGAGGCAAACAAGUUUCACUCCUCCUGAGCUUUGUUCUUCAAUGAGAAUUGGUGACACCCUUGUUCAUGACCCAGAACAAGUUCAUUCUCAUAAUGGCAAGGACUUUGUUUUCAAACCCUUUGGGGAGGACGGCAUCGAUGCAGAAUACAUGAGGCAACAGGAUCUUUUAGGUCCUCCAAGAUUCUUGUUCACCAUAGUAGAAGAAUCAAAGGAAGAUUUAGAAUCUGAUGAUGGAAAAUCCAAGUGUGACAAGAGUGGAAAAGGUUCAAGGGGUAGAAGCUUGGGGGAUUUGCUAGUUGUGGAGACACCAUACAUGACACCUACUACUUCUCCACCUUUUUUCACUCCUCCUUUUGGUACUCCUAUCAGUCCCUAUAACCAGCGAGGAUUCAACCCUCUUUUUGAAACAGUAACUGAUGCUGAGUUCAACAGAUUAAAGUCCUCACCUCCUCCAAAAUUCAAGUUCUUACAGGAAGCAGAAGAGAAGCUUAGAAGAAAACUAGAACAAGAUGAAAAUAAGGGAAAUGGAGAUGAGAUUGAAGGUUCUUUCAUCACAAUAGUUGUUGACAAGAAAACAGAAAAGGAGGUUAAUCACCACCAUCCUCGUCCACCACAGUACCAUUCAAGCACUUCACAGGUACUUCCCUUAGCUUCAUGACACAUUCACCAAACAAGAAGAAAGAAACCAGCUAACACCAAAGUUCUGGCAAGUCAAUUAUGAGUUUAUUUCUUCAUUAAUCUUUCUAAUUACAUGUUGAAAAUCCCACCUUUUUCCUAAUGGGAAUUUGUUUCUCCCCUUGAGUUGUAUUGGGAUGCAGUUAUGGUUUAAUCUGCUAAGCCAGUUGUGAGAUGUACUACUCUCAAUGUUUCAUAACCAUAUAGGGGACCAUAUUUUCAGCGUA